CCAGGUUUUGCGACCUUUGUCUGCAGUAUAUAACGAUCCCUCUAGCAACAUAGGGAGCUCCUAUUAGCUUUAAAACACUCCAACCCCACGACGCCAGCCUCGGUUUAUUCGUUUCAUCAAACCGUCCCGCGCCCUCGCACCUCGAUUCCCACUACGCGACCUCCCCUACUACCUACUUUUCAGCCACGUCCGCAUCUAUACCUAGACCCUUGUACUCAAAUAUACCAUGACCACCGAGACCACAAAAGUCGUUCCGCUCACUUGCCAUGGACACUCCCGCCCCAUCACCCACCUAAGCUUCUCCUCCGUUGUAGACGACGACCAAUACUACCUCAUAUCAGCAUGCAAGGACAACAACCCCAUGCUCCGUGAUGGCAUAACUGGGGACUGGAUCGGAACCUUCAUUGGCCACAAGGGCGCUGUAUGGCAGGCACGGCUGUCGUCUGACGCUACACUAGCAGCGACAGGCUCCGCCGACUUCUCAGCUAAAGUAUGGGACACGCACACCGGAGAAGCUUUGCACACGCUCCAGCAUAACCACAUUGUGCGAGCUGUAGCAUUCCCGAAUCAGCCCCGCCCUCAGAUCCUCGCAACUGGUGGUAUGGAGAAGAAGCUUCGUAUCUUUGACCUCUCUCGCAGCAGUAGCGCUUCCUCAUCCCCUACAUACGACACCUCCGCCUCCUCUGUCACUCCUCCCAGCUACGAGAUCGGUCCGGGCGUCCACGCCGGUAGCAUCAAAUCCAUCGUAUGGGGCGCUGACCGCAAUGUCAUUAUCACGGCGGCCGAGGACAAGAUGGUGCGGUGGUGGGAUCUGCGCUCGCGCUCGACCAUUGGUGAAUUCGCGGUGGAAGGUAUGGUUGGGACGUGCGAGCUAGAUAACACAUCUGGCGACGGCGUACUGAGUGUGGCGGCCGGCAAGACGGCCUAUUUCUUCGACAGCAUGCAGCCGGCUACCCUGAUCAAAAGUGUGAAGACACAAUACGACAUUGCGAGUGUGGCGUUGCACGGUGCGCAGCGAAAGUUUGUGACGGGCGGCAGCUCCCAGAAUGAUACGUGGGUGCGUGUGUGGGAUUUCGAUGAGGAGAAGGAACUAGAAAUGGGCAAAGGCCAUCACGGCCCCAUCUGGACUGUCAGCUUCUCUCCUGACGGCAAGCUCUAUGCCACUGGCAGCGAGGAUGGCACAAUCAAGCUGUGGAAGUUCACUACUGGUCCGUACGGCUUGUGGCGUUGAAGGAUUGGGCUGCAUUUGUAUGUAUUAAGAACGUGG